CCUCUUGCCUGUAGGCCUUGUGCACGGCUGUAAGAAAUCCAUCCCAUCCAUCGUGUGUUGUUUGUUCAUUGUUUUCUUCUCGCUGCUCGUUUUUAUUUCGAUCCUCAUUUAAUCGUCGUCAUUUGGGCUCUGAAGACCUUCGCCGGUUCUGAAGCAACACACUCGGACACCACCAAGUUUCCGGCUAAAUUUUGGUUUGCAAUUAUUCGCUGUGGAGGUUUUAAAGGUGCCGCGUGAUCAUGGAGAUGAUAUCAAGUAGUAAAAACGGUAGUAAUAAGAGUAAUUUGUUGUCCAUAAUGCGUAACUGGCAAAUGGCGUGCGACGGUAACAUCAACUCUUUGUCGGACGCCGAGCCCUCGCAGUACUCUAUCUCUCUUUGCCCUGGGCCUCAGUGGUGGUCCUGAUGUCCCCCAUGCCGCAAUUGUAGCCAAGCGCAACAGAGAGGGCAGCAGCGGCAUGGGCAAGCUUAUUCAAUCGGAGCUCUCUGUACUGGAGUCUAAACCAGUGCAUGAAUAUGAAUUGUUGGAGGAUGUCAAGAAACAAUACGCAGUUCGGAUCACGUUCAAAAUGCAGAUUACAGCUGACAUCGACAUUCAAUGGGAUACUAUACUGUCUGGCCGUAAACUUUACAUACAGGUGGCAGAUGCGCAAAGACCAGUCGGGUCUAAAGAAGGUUUUUUGGCUAUGUUGGAAUAUGCAGAAGAAUAUUUGAAUGUAUCUCAUAUAAUUGUCUGUUUUGCUAAGAAUCAUCCUGAGCGCAACAUCUUGGUCAGAGGCUUUAUGUUUUUGGGAUUCUCCUUGCAACCACCUGGGCUCAAUAAUUGUACCACAUGCUGCUAUUGAUAACUGUAACCAUUAUAUGGUAUAUGAUGUUGAAUCAUAAAUUAAUGAAGUUUCUUUUGUCCUUAAAAUAAAAUUACAUUAAAGAAAAAUAAUUACAAAAUUACAAGUACUUAAAUUGUAGGAACAUAGUUUGAUUCAAUUGUCAAUGCUGCCACAUGCCCUCUUUGUUGCUCUUAACAUUAUUAUUAUUAAAUGUGUAAAUUUGAUGCUUAUUUAAUCUUACAAUAUUUAUGUAGUUUAUUUACUUUAUAUUUUUAAUCAUUUUUAAAUCUAUAUUUUGCUUUUGUUUGUUAUCAUACUUACAUAGUUAAUAAUUUGAACAUAUUUUUUUUAACAAUUGUGUAAAUUGAAUAACAAUU